GAGAAAAAAAAUACAGACCACACUACAGCUGAGGUGGUGAUCACACAGAGCCUUACUGAAGCCUCGGGCAAUAUGCAGCUCUGGUAGCCCUGACCACCAGACACCUGACGUAGCCUUGGUGAGCUCUGAAGGCCAGACGUGCUAGCUUUAAGCUUCUCUCUCUCUCUUCUCUCUCUCUUCUCUCUCUCUCUCUCUCUCUCUCUCUCUCUCUCUCUCUCUCUCUCUCUCUCUCUCUCUCUCUCUCUCACACACACACACUCACACACACACACACACACCACACACACACCUCAGGCCAGCUCAACCACCAUGCAUCUCUCUGUAGAAGACCAAAGCAUGGACAAUCACCUGAAAGAGAAAAGAUCACGUGUAAGCCACACGGCCGGCAAUGACACUCCUGCAGAGUCUAACACUGACGGAUUACAGGAAGAUCUGAACCAGCGGUCUGGAGGUAACCUCAUCUACUCCAUCGACGAUCGCCCACCGUGGUACCUCUGCCUUCUACUGGGAUUCCAGCAUUACAUACUGGCUUUUAGUGGGAUCCUGGCCAUCCCUUUAAUCCUCGCUGAGCCGUUGUGCAUUAAGGACGACAAUGCAGCCAAGAGCCAGCUCGUCUCCACCAUCUUCUUCGUGUCAGGGAUUUGCACCAUGCUUCAGACCACCAUUGGGACCAGGUUGCCGAUCCUGCAGGGAGGAACGUUUACUUUCGUCACGCCGACGCUGGCGAUCCUGGCAUUGCCCAAGUGGCAGUGUCCGAAUGGGAGCGCGACCCCUGACCUCAAUGCCACGGUAGCAUCUGUCUCCCGACUAGACCAUGAAGAAGUGUGGAAAAUGCGCAUACGUGAGAUCCAGGGAGCGAUCCUUGUUGCGUCGUCGCUUCAGGUCGUGCUCGGACUUACAGGGCUGGUGGGAUUUGUGCUGAAGUUCAUCGGACCCCUGGCUAUCGCUCCGACCAUCAAUCUGAUCGGUCUGUCGCUCUUCAUACAAGCUGGGAAGAAGUCAGGAGCACACUGGGGCAUUUCAGCUCUGACGGUGUUUCUUUUCCUCCUCUUCUCCCAGUAUCUCAGCGAGGUUAGGGUCCCGCUCGUUGCUUACAAGGACAAGAAGUGGAAAGUUUUUCAUUACCCUCUCUUUAGUCUGUUCUCGGCUUUGUUUGGGAUGUCUGGAGCUUGGCUGGUCUGCUUUAUACUGACAUACUUCAAUGUCCUGCCCACUUCACCACACGAGUAUGGCUACCAGGCCCGGACAGACAUCAACCUGGAUGCGGUGAGCAAUGCUGAAUGGUUCUUCAUGCCUUAUCCAGGUCAGUGGGGUCUCCCGAGCGUUAGCAUCUCCUCCGUCCUGGGCAUGAUGGCAGGGGUACUGGCUUCUACAAUGGAGUCCAUCGGGGAUUACUUCGCAUGUGCACGUCUCUCCGGUGCUCCGACUCCGCCCACUAAUGCUAUUAACCGUGGUAUCGCAGUCGAGGGUCUGGGCUGCAUCCUGGCGGGGCUGUGGGGCAGUGGCAAUGGGACGACGUCCUACAGUCAGAACAUCGCAGCUUUGGGGAUCACCAGGGUUGGAAGCAGGCUGGUCCUCCAGACGGCUGGCGUCCUCAUGGUCGUGCUGGGACUCUUCGGGAAGUUCAGUGCCGUGUUCAUCACCAUCCCUGAGCCGGUGAUCGGAGGCAUGUUCCUGGUCAUGUUCGGGAUGGUCGCUGCUGUGGGAAUCUCUAACCUGCAGUACGUGGACUUAAACUCGUCCAGGAAUCUGCUGAUCUUUGGCGUUUCUAUCUUCACUGGACUUGUGUUGCCAGCGUGGUUUCAUUCCAACCCAAACACCAUCAACACGGGUAUAACAGAGUUGGAUCAGCUCAUCAUGGUGCUCUUUACCACCCCCAUGUUCAUUGGUGGUUUCUUAGGAUUCAUCUUGGAUAACACUAUUCCAGGAACGGACGAUGAACGAGGGAUCAAACGUUGGAGAGAAAGCGUUGAUGGUAGGACUUCAGCCAUCUUCAGCAAUCCGUCCUGUUAUGAUCUGCCUUUCUGCACCAACUUCCUUCAUAAAUCCAGGUUCUUCCAGAACCUUCCGUUCCUCCCGUCCAUUAAACCGCUGGACCCGCUGGGAACACGCUUAUAAAACCUUCAGCCAUUUUAACAGGAUGUAUAAAUCACUGUAAUCGUAGCUUACUGAACACAAUUAAUCAUUUAGAGCUGAUCGUUCAGACCUUUCUUCUAACCAUUAAUAAUAAAACAUUAAACGUGCAUAAAAUAUAAAGGAUCUGUUGUAUGUUUGUCUUGUUACAGUCCAAGCACAUGAACUUUUUUUAUAGCAAGAAAAACGAAUGCGCACGAAAUUAUAAUAAGUAUAAAGUCUUACGGAAAGGCACGGUGGCUUGGCGGUUAGCACGUUCGCCUCACACCUCCGGGUUCGGGGGUUCGAUUCCCACCUCCGCCUUGUGUGUGUGGAGUUCCCUUUCGAGGGAACUCGACGCCGCGUCAGUACUGACGCUACGGGAACGCCCAUAAUGUCAGCACUGACGCAGCGUCUCGUUCCCUUCUCAGUGAAGCGGGUUACAUACGUAACAUGGUGUAGUUUGCAGUGUGGAGUUUGCAUGUUCUACCCCGUGCCUCGGGGGUUUCCUCCGAGUACUCCGGUUUCCUCCCCCGGUCCAAAGACAUGCAUGGUAGGUUGAUUGGCAUCUCUGGAAAAUUGUCCGUAGUGUGUGUGUGAGUGUGUGAGAGUGUGUGUGUGCCCUGUGAUGGGUUGGCACUCCGUCCAGGGUGUAUCCUGCCUCGAUGCCCGAUGACGCCUGAGAUAGGCACAGGCUCCCCGUGACCCGAGAAGUUCAGAUAAGCGGUAGAAGAUGAAUGAAUGAAUGAAUGAAUGAAUGAAUGAAUGAAUGAAUGAAUGAAUGUACACCAGCUUGGUCUUGCUGGGAGUUAGUUUCAGCUGAUGGUUUUUAACUGAUUGGCAUUUAUUAUUAUUAUUAUUAUUAUUAUUAUUAUUAUUAUUAUUAUUAUUAUUAUUAUUAUCAUUAUUAUCUUACAGAUUUUGUCUCAUUUUACUUUAAUGAACCUUCUGACCAAUCAGGAUUGAGAAUUCAACAGCACUGUGAUUGAAAUAUUUUAAACAUACCAUAUAUAACGUACAUCCUUUCUAACAGGACGUCUUGAAGUGACUUAUUGUUUCGUCUGAUUGUCACAACAUGCCUUUGUUAGUUUUAUCCAUAAUCUACGUUUACUCUCUCUCUCUCUCUCUCUCUCUCUCUCUCUCUCUCUCUCUCUCUCUCUCACUCUCUAUGGUCUUGUUAACAUCCAUGAAAGAAAAAUAAACCAAUCCCAGAAUA